UUUCUCACGUCCAAUUAUCUCCUCAAGUAGAUCGUCCAGAGUUUGUUUCGAACUGUUCUCAAAAUUCUUCCGUUAUUCCUCGCCCUCUAAAAUUCCUUUUUUUGAAGGCAGAUAAAAAUUCCAAACCACAAGUAUGUUUUCCACUAUUGAUUCCUCGAACAUUUGCAGCCAUUGAAUUGCAUUUCCAAUGUCACGAUCAUUCGAAGGCAGCAUCGUCGUCACUCGCAAAGCAAUUAUGAGCCAGGCAAUAAAAUAAUUAUCGCCAGCUAAUGAAAUUGUUACCUUCGCUCUUCUGGAGGAUCGCUCGAAUAAAACGACACAGAUCAGCCUUGGCGAUCACACGAUACACCGAUCGUAAAUGAUCCUCGCGCAACGCGCUUAUCGAUUACGGAACAAACAUGCCCGGGGGUGUUGUAUUCCUGGUUUGCAUUCCCACCCUCAGCUAUGAGCACGAGCUUGUGUUUGGGAUGCCGCUCAAGCGCCCCAAGAAGAUUGAGAAGAGCAAAAAUAAGACAGCGAUGGCGCCGAAAGUGGAUCUGCGGCUGAAGGAAGCGAAAACGCGCACGCAAUUGCUCAUGAUCGACGACGAUCACGAGGACGCGGACGACGAUGAGGUGGGCGUCGAUAUCGGCAUCGACAGGAAGCAUUCUCGCGGAUAUCCCGCGCGAUCGAAGACGCCGGUCUUCAUAUCAAUGGAAACGGUGCUCGAAGAACUUCUCAAAAAGCUGAAAGUAGAGCACGUCGUAUGGUGCAAGGAUAAAGAGGACAUGUAUUACGAGGUGAUAUUUCCGGUGCCCGCCGGCGAGCCCUGCGAAAAUUGCAUACACUGCCUCACCGAAAUGGGUAUCGGCGUUAAAAUGAACUCGAUAGUAAGCGUAAUCCCGACGCAAUGUACGUACAGCGGUGUGAGCGCUGCAGGAUUGUCGGCUAUCAAAAAUGACGCUGCUCGCAGACGGAAGGAGUCGGAAGAUCGUAAAAAUGCCUGGAACGGUUUCGUAGAAUCCAUCCGAUCGAAAUUGACGGUGAAACAGGUGGUCGAUGGUGUUCGCGGCGGCGGCGAUCUUACGUUCGAUUAUGUGCUACUCGUACUGACCGCAGACUGCCUCGCUGCGCUCGGUCUCGUCGAGAACAGUGCAACGAACGUAGUCGCGGCUAUGCUAGUAUCUCCUCUCAUGGGACCGGUGAUGUCUCUGACCUUCGGAACGAUCAUAGCCGAUAGAGAUCUGCAGCUGGUCGGCCUGAAGAGUUUGAUGCUCGGUAUUUUCCUGUCGAUACUUUUCGGCUUCAUAUUCGGCCUCAUCCUCGGCACGACCGCGAUGCCUUGGGGCUACAACGACUGGCCGACCGACGAGAUGAAGGGCAGAGGCAAUUACAGAUCGCUCUGGAUGGGCGUUCUUUGGGCCCUUCCGUCUGGCACAGGAGUCGCGGUCGCCUUGCUGCAAGGCAGCAAUGGACCGCUAAUUGGCGUCGCUAUAUCUGCCUCAUUAUUGCCGCCGGUUGUUAAUUGCGGUUUAUUCUGGGCUCUGGGAUGCAUAUGGCUUAUAUACCGGCCUAUAAAAAUGCCCCACAUCAAGGGCGAGUCUUACACGGAUUUCAACAGCUCGUACACGUACAUCUACAGCGAUUACUUGCCCGUGGAAUUCUUCUGCAACGGCAUCAUCAGCGCAUGCCUGACGUUCAUCAACGUAAUGUGCAUCUUUAUUACGGCGAUAAUAGUUCUGAAGAUUAAAGAAGUGGCCGCGCCGUACACGUCCACGCCGGAACUGCGCCGCUUCUGGGAGCACGACAUCCGUCUGGUUCGCGAUAGGAAUAUCUCCAGAGACAACAGCUCCCUCGAUUCAAGUUAUUACGAAGGACUGAGUAAGAUCAAGCAACGGGCGCUGGAGCGCACGCUGAACGAGGCGGUCAGAGAAGCGAUAAACGACGAGACUUUCCGAAAGGUGCAGAGACUCAGCUACGGACAGCAUGGAUCGGAAGAGAUUGAAUCUCGGUUUGGUCUCCAUGGCCGCGGAACCGCAAGUAGAAGCAACGCAAAGGAAAACGCCGAGGAAAGCGUAGAUCUACGAUCGCACAACGGCUUGAAUCUUGGCAAUACGAGCGAGGACUUGGCCGCGCUGGACCGAUUAAUAACGUACCUCCUGAGCCAGCCGAACAAUCCCGGUGGCAAUUUGGAUUCAUGGAGACGCUCGCGUCGAGCUAGCUCCCGCGGAUACAGGCAGCUACGUGGCACCGCCGCUGAUGUCGCGGAAACCGGCGGCGUUGGCACAACGCCUCUUUAAGUAAAUUGACACUUACGGAAAAAAAAAAAAAAAA